GACUGCUGAAAUUACGAAAAAUGCAACUAAUAAUAACAGCAAAUAAUAAUACUACUAAUAAUAACGAUAAUAAUAACAACAAUUAAAUAAUAAUAAUACAAAGAACAAGAGCAAAAAUGUGAGGUUGUGUCUCAAAUUAUUCAGCCGUUUUUGUAUAUAAAUGAUGAAUGCAGAAGAUGCUGUACGUUUUUUUGUUUACUUUCAACGCUGUGCGGGACAUUUCUCACGCACUUUCGCGGGCGGAGAGAGGCAUCACCCAGCCGUGACUCAUUCAUCAAGCGUUUUCCCCAUGAAGCACUUUUUCCCACCUCCGAUUAUCACACCUUAUUAGAGCGCUGUUUUAAACGCUGAAAGAUCAUUUAUUAGGAUCCAGGGACAUUUCGGGGGAUUGCAAUUUAGCCCGCGAGUAAUGGAGCCGCUGCGUGCCGCACGGCAAUGGGCAUUAAUUCGGGGUUGCUACUUAACAGAUUAAUAAUUGUCACUGCUGCCAAAAAGAGGAAAGUAAAAAAAAAAUCACAAGACCUCUCGGCUCUGACUGCACACGCGCCGGAGAGGGAAUAGAGAGAGGUGUGUGAGUGGGGUGUGCACUUUCAGUUUUCAUUCAAUCGGGAUUAUUCAUAAUGAUGGUCAAAUCACAAUUAAAAUGUAUAAAACUUUAAUAAAACAGAUUUUUUACAUCUGGUUAGUUUGCCCGAACAAUGAUUAAUGCGUUUCAAUUGAAAUGGAUGAAAGUCCAGCGUGCUUGAGCCUCCAGAGCGCUCCAUUAUAAUUAAUGUCUUCGGUUUGCUCGUGGACCCGGGGGUCGCGGACGGCUUCGACUCGCGCUCAGUGAUCUUUGAAGAUCUGACACCGAAAAGAGGGAUCUCGCAGCGAUUGCCAUCUGACAAGAUCAGUAAUAGCGAGUGUGAUAAAUCGGUGCAAACUUUUUUGGCGGCGCCUGCCAGUUUGAGGAGGGGGGGCUGUGCGCAUGUGCGAAGGUGUCCAAACUGACAAUGCUGGAGAGAUAGCGAGUCCGGAUUGAGAAUCAGAGAGAGUAAAGAAGGACAUAGGAGAAAAAAAAACAAAAAGGAGGAAAAAGGAUCCAAGAAGAAAAAAAAUACAUACUCAAACAAACCAACCCCGCGCCGAAAGAGCCGGCACCAUGAGGUCCAAAGGCAGGGCUCGGAAGCUGGCCACGGCAGAUAGCGGAGCCUUCUCCCUUCUACCAUCCGACGUUCUGGACGAAAUGGGCAUGGUCGACGGAGACCCCACCCUCCUGCCCCCCGUCGCCGGGAACGACCUUCUCUCCCCUGUCCUGUCGGGUGAAGUGGGUUCCCCUCUCGACCGCUCCCCCUUCCAGGCCUCCAUGUUUCUCUCUGAGGGGGAGGGGGAGAUGGCGGGAGCGAUGCCCGAGGUGGAGCUGCACGAGUCGGGCGCGUGGCCGGGGGCGCUGGGUGUGUGGAGCCGCAGGAGGAUGGAAGUUGGGGAGAGGCUGGGACCAUGCGGAGGCUGGGACCGUGUGGGGCUCACACAAGCACAAGACUGGGAGCUGGAUGGGGAGUCUCAGGUGAGGCAGUGGGAGGGCAGCGGCGGGGACAGCAGAAGUUGGCUCAGGCACAUCCAGAUCUCCCCAUCGCCACGGCAACACAACCUGACCACCUGCCAGCUUCAUGAUCAGAUAUUUUAUCGUGUGAUACGAGAGAUCCAACCUGGUGAGGAGCUGCUGUUGUUCAUGAAGGCGGAGGAGUUUCCAUGUGAGGUGAUGGCUCCUGAUAUACACGAGGAGAGGCAGUAUCGCUGUGAGGACUGCGACCAGCUCUUUGAGUCUCGCUCCGAGCUGCUGGACCACCAGACGCAGCCGUGCGGGACCCCCCCCUCCAGCCUGUCGCUCCUGGCCGAGCAAGGCCUGCCUAGCGCGGGGGAGGGCAGCGAGCCCGAGCCCCCCCACCACCAUCACCACCACUCGCACGACCUGCACGACCAGGACGCCUUGCAACACGUGUGCGGGGAGUGUGACCAGGUGUUCCCUGACUCUCAAAGUCUGGAGGCUCACUCCCUAUCCCACUCUGAAGAGAGGGAGUAUAAGUGUGACCAGUGUCCCAAGGCCUUCAACUGGAAAUCGAACCUGAUUCGCCACCAGAUGUCACAUGACAGUGGCAAGCACUAUGAAUGUGAAAACUGCACAAAGCAGGUGUUCACGGACCCCAGCAACCUGCAGAGGCACAUCCGCUCGCAGCAUGUGGGGGCGCGGGCCCACGCCUGCACCGACUGCGGCAAGACCUUCGCCACGUCCUCGGGCCUCAAGCAGCACAAGCACAUCCACAGCAGUGUCAAGCCCUUUGCAUGUAAGUCUUUCACAGCCCCCAAACGCGAGGUGUGCCACAAGUCCUACACACAGUUCUCCAACCUGUGCCGGCACAAGCGCAUGCACGCCGACUGCCGCACGCAGAUCAAGUGCAAGGACUGCGGCCAGCUCUUCAGCACCACGUCCUCGCUGAACAAGCACCGGCGCUUCUGCGAGGGCAAGGCCCACUUCCCCUCCGCUGGCAUAGGGGGGCUCUUCGGGGCCACCCUUCCCAUGGGCGGACACCCGGACAAGCCCCAAUUGGCCGCGCUGGGCCACGCCGGUGCCGGGUUGGCCGAUUACUUCGGAGGUGGGCGGCACCACCACCCGGGGGCGGGCUUGACAUUCCCGGCAUCGCCGUCGUUCCCUUUCGGGUUUCCGGGACUGUUCGCGUCCGGCUUGUACCCUCAGCACCCCACCGGACCGGCGUCGCAUCACCAGGCCCUGGCACACACUCAACACCGGCUGGGCCUCCUUAACCCUCCAGCAGCCGCCUCCUCGCCUGGGAAAGAGCACCCCCUGCUGUCCCCGAGUGCAGCCCACCGCUCUCAGGCCGACCCAGCGAAGCGCAAGGAAGAGGGCCGAGGCGGGGAGGAGGUGUCUGUGGGGCUCCGCGAGGGCUCGUCCUCCUCGUCCAAUCAGAGGCACUCCAACGGCAGCGGGGGAGGAGCCAGCAAGGGCAGCGACCAGUCGGAGAGCAGCGACGACGUGGACGACGUGAGCACGCCCAGCGGCAGCGAGCUGGAGACCAGCUCAGAGGCGUCGGAGCCGGACAGCGAGGGCGAGGGCGAGGGCGAGCGGGACGGGGAGGGGCGCAGGAGGAGCAAGGCCGCCGCGAGGACUCCGCCCAACGGGGCGGGGCUGGCGGGGCUGGCGGGGCUGUUGCAGCCACCGCUGGAUGAGCGGUCGGCCGUCUCCGGUGCGGUCAGCGACUCCAUCAAGGCCAUCGCCUCCAUCGCCGAGAAGUACUUUGGCUCAGCCGGCCUGGCGGGGCUCGGCGGUGCGGACAGGAAGAUGGCGGGGGCCGGGGGAGGAGCACUACCCUACCCCUCGGUCUUCCCCCUCUCCCUCUUUCCAGCAUUUUCUGCCGCCACCUCCGUCUGUCCGCCGUUCCCGGAGCGUGACCCUCCGUUGGUCCCGGCAAGCCCCGCCCCUGCCCCGGAGUCGCCCUUUGACCUCAGCACAGCCAGGCGCAAAGACGAGCGGCCGGCGAAUACUGAGCCCACACACUCCAGACCUGAACCACGCCCACAGCCAACUGCAGCCAAUCCGGACCAGCCGCUGGACCUGAGUCUGGGCGGCCGCAGUCGCACUCGGGCCAAAGGGGAGGAGACAAGGAGGAGCCACGUGUUUGGAGGAGAGGAGCGGCCAGAGAUGGCCCCGCCCAAAGCAGACUCCUCCCUCCAGCACGCUAGACCCACCCCUUUCUUCAUGGACCCCAUUUACAGCAGGGUUGAGAAGAGGAAGGUGAGCGAUCCGUUUGAGACGCUGAAGGACAAGUACAUGCGCCCGGCGCCUGGCUUCCUGUUCCACCCUCAGUUCCGCAUGCCGGACCAGAGAACAUGGAUGUCAGCGAUUGAGAAUAUGGCGGAGAAGCUGGAGUCCUUCGGCUCCCUCAAACCGGACGCUGGUGACAUCAUGCGCUCGGUACCCUCCAUGUUUGACUUCCGCGCCCCGCCUCCCACCCUGCCGGAGUCUCUGCUGCGCAAAGGCAAGGAACGCUACACCUGCAGGUACUGUGGUAAAAUAUUCCCCCGGUCGGCCAACCUUACCCGCCAUCUGAGGACACAUACAGGAGAACAGCCUUAUAGGUGUAAGUACUGUGACCGCUCCUUCAGUAUCUCCUCCAACCUGCAGCGCCACAUCAGGAACAUCCACAACAAGGAGAAGCCCUUCAAGUGCCACCUGUGUGACCGCUGCUUCGGCCAGCAGACCAACCUCGACCGCCACCUCAAGAAGCAUGAGAACGGAAACUUGUCGGGCACAGCCAUGUCGUCCCCCCGGUCUGAGCUGGACAGCAGCAGUGCCAUCCUGGAUGACAAGGAGGAUUCCUACUUCAACGAGAUCCGCAACUUUAUCAGCAACACUGGCCAGAGACAGACCACCUCGCCACCACACUCUGAGGAAGGAAUCAAUGGCGCCCAUUUUGAAGAGGACAAAGGCCUGAUCCCUAACCAAGAGUCACGUGACCUGGAGGAAGAGGAAGGGGAGGAGCUGGGAGCAGAGGAGGAGGAAGGGGAACAGAGUAAUGUCACGGGCAAGCCUGUGGAUGAUGAACUCCCUAGCAACCUGGUUGACGAUGACGCCAUCCGAGACGAGAUGGACUUUGAUGGGCCCAACGAUCUGGAGCUCAACUGCAAAACUUCCCCAAGGAGGCUUGAGGAAGAGGGGGAGGAGGAAGAGCAGGACUCAUUCUCCGCUCUGGAUCACAUCCGCCACUUCUCCGACAUGCGCAAGAUGGAGGACAGAGAAUUUGGUGAAGGUGACGUCACUGGGUUUGGCUCCGCCCACCUGUCAGAGGCUGUCAAGCAGCCGCUUUACAGGAAGUCCAAGUCCCAGGCGUAUGCCAUGAUGCUGUCUCUGGCCGAUAAGGACUCCCUCCAUGCCGGAGCCCACACCCCCUCCACCAUGUGGCACAGCCUGGCACGCGCCGCCGCCGAGUCCAGCGCCAUCCAGUCGCUGAGCCACGUAUGAGACGCCUCCCGCGCUCGCUCCAUGACGAUGACCUCUGACCUGCCGCCUCUCACCUCUCCUCUUCCAGCCUGACCCCCCGCCGCCCGCCCCCC